GGAAUCGGUACAAAUGAAUACAGCAGUUUAAUUGAUAGCUAUUUUGUGGGCAACGUGACGUCAGACGCUCCCUCCCGCAACCAGCGCGCGAAACGCGCGAAGCGGCGGUAGAAGGGCUGCUGAGGGAGGUGGAUAGUUCGUUCGCGGACAGGGGAGCUGCGUCCGCCGGCUGCACGCUAUGACCCAGUCGGUGGUGGUGCAAGUCGGCCAGUGUGGCAAUCAGAUCGGCUGCCGAUUUUGGAAUUUGGUUCUCCGGGAGCAUGCAAGCAUCAACAAGAAAGGCAUCUAUGAUGAAGCUCUCAGUAAUUUCUUUAGAAAUGUGGACACAAGAUAUACUGAUGGAGGUGGUCUAAAUCUAAAGAAAGGUCUAAUAAGAACACUCAAAGCUCGGGCAGUACUCAUCGAUAUGGAAGAAGGUGUCCUUAAUGAAUUACUUCAGGGUCCAUUGAGAGAUGUUUUUGACAAUAAACAGCUGAUAUCAGAUGUAUCUGGUUCAGGUAACAAUUGGGCAGUGGGGUACAAACAGUACGGUAAUCGGUACCGGGACCAAAUUGUAGAUAUACUCCGAAAAACAGCUGAACACUGUGAUUCUUUGCAAUGUUUCUUUUUAAUCCACUCAAUGGGUGGAGGAACUGGUUCUGGAUUGGGUACCUUUGUCCUGAGCCUCCUGGAGGAUGAAUUCCCAGAGGUUUACAGAUUUGUUACUUCCGUCUACCCUUCUGCUGAAGAUGAUGUUAUUACCUCUCCUUAUAAUAGUGUUCUCGCCAUGAAGGAGCUGACUGAACAUGCAGAUUGUGUUUUGCCUAUUGAAAAUCAGUCCUUGGUGGACAUAGUCAACAAAAUCCAUCAGAUGGCCAGUGGCAAAAUGGCAUCAGUGAAAAUGAAAAGUACUCUGAUCUCCAGUCAGAGUGAGGCCAAAAAGCAGGAGAAGCCAUUUGAUGCAAUGAACAAUAUUGUUGCUAACUUGCUUCUGAAUUUGACCAGUUCUUCCAGAUUUGAAGGGUCCCUCAAUAUGGAUCUUAAUGAGAUUACCAUGAAUCUGGUUCCGUUUCCACGGCUGCAUUUCCUUGUUUCUAGUCUAACUCCUUUGUACACCCUGGCUGAUUUAAACAUCCCUACAAGAAGGUUGGAUCAGAUGUUCACUGAUGCUUUCAGUAAGGAUCACCAGUUAAUGCAUGCUGAUCCAAAACAUAACCUAUACCUUGCCUGUGCACUUAUGGUCCGGGGAAAUGUUCAGAUUUCUGACCUGAGAAGAAAUAUUGAGAGAUUGAAACCUUCCCUUCAGUUUGUCUCAUGGAAUCGAGAAGGCUGGAAAACGAGCCUCUGCUCAAUACCUCCUGUGGGACACACACAUUCCUUAUUGGCAUUGGCCAAUAAUACUUGUGUUAAAUCGACCUUCACAGAUCUCAAGGAUCGCUUUGUAAAACUCUAUAAGAAAAGGGCUCAUAUUCACCACUACCUUCAUGUGGAUGGGAUGGAACAAAGCUGUUUCACAGAAGCAACUAAUUCCUUGACAUCCCUGAUAGAAGAGUACAACGAACUGGAUGCUACUAAAGGACAAAUCAUCAACAAUGUUCCUCGUCUUUCCAUUGCUACAUAAAAUACAGUACUGUGGAAAAACCUUAUGCAUAUAUGUAUAGUUAUGGUGCCUAGGAGUUUUGCACAGUACUGUUUUUGUCAACAUGGAGCGGAGAGCAAGUUUGUAAAUCAGGUGGGGGCAAAGGGUGUUGGGAAUGGCGAGGAUGGAGUGUCAAGGGAGGGGUGUAGUGCAGGUGGCAGGGAAGGAGUGCCAGGGUGGAAGGUGGCACAAGGGCAAACGCAUCCAGCCUUGAGACACCAGGCAAGGUCAUUUGAUUCCAAGCAUAGAAAACCUACAGCACAAUACAGGCCCUUUGGCUCACAAUACUGUGCCAAGAAGGUAUGCACUUAGAAAUUACCUAAGGUUACCCAUAGCCCUCUAUUUUUCUAAGCUCUAUGUACCUAACCAGGAGUCUCUUAAAAGACCCUGUUGUAUCUGCCUCCACCACCAUUGCCGGCAGCCCAUUUCACGCACUCACCACUCUCAGCAUUUUUUAAAAAAAACAAACUUGCCCCUGUCAUCUCCUCUGUACCUACUUCCAAGCACCUUAAAACUGUGCCCUCUCGUGCUAGCCAUUUCAGCCCAAGGAAAAAGCUUCUGACUAUCCACACGAUCAAUGCCUCUUGUUAUCUUGUACACUCCUGUCAGGUUACCUCUCAUCCUCCAUCUUAGGCAACCUAGCUAUAUACAAGACUUUUGCACAGAACUGUAUUGGAUAAUGAAGCCAUUAAAUCUAAAUUUCCUUUAGAAAUUUAAUGUAUAAUACUGAAAUAAUUGGGUACACAAUAACACACCUUCAAGUUUUAUUGAAAGUGAGAUGUAUUCCUCAAAAUAUAAAAUGUUCUUAGUGGCAUUAUUUUAUAUCUUUAUUGUGCAGAUUUUCUGAAUUAUUUAUUUCAAAGCAGUUCAUUAUUUCCGGGGACGAUUUGGUGGGCACUUCAUACUGCUCAUCUGAAGGCUAUCUUAGGGAGGUUUUGAAGCUACUGCUGUUCAGUACAGUGGUAUGGGCUCAAUCUCGGCAUGUUAAGAGACAAUCCUGAAUCGCCCUCUGCUCUCAGGUGUGAAUGUUGUGGAAAUGAUACCUGCUAAUGUCAUUUGAAAAUAUAAUCUUCAGAUGUAUCUCAGAAUCAGUAGGAAAAGCUGUUGGAAUAUUGUACAUAUGAGUAGUUAUAUUGUUUUCACUCUUAAUACUUUGAUUAAUUGAGAUAAUGAACUAUUUUUAUAAUAUUUCUGACAUUUAAUUAUAGCACACCAAUAUUGAUAACCUGGUGUUCGGAAGGACAAAAUCAGUCAAUUUACUCUACCAUUGGGUUACAAUGAAUAAGCGUUUCUCUAUCAUCAAUAGUUGUAUGUUCAUGAAGGCUUGUUACUUUGCAGUGCACUCCAGGGAAUUAAACUAACACUUCACAAUGUGUUAAACUACUUGCAAUCCUCAGAGCUGUGAAUCAGUGUAUUAGAGAAAAUAUAUUUGAUUACCUAUAGGAUCCUUUUUGGAUUGCAUUAUUUAUUGUGGUUUACAUCCUCAUUUGGUUAAAUUAAUUCAGUUGUGAUCAUUUUUGUAAAAGAAAUCUGUGCUGAAACUUGCACCAUUUUUAAUAAAAAAUGUAAAACCAAAGAUAAUAUUACCAGUUAAUAUAGCACUGUUUAGGAAGUCUAUUUCAUAUGGUGAUUUGAAAUAGAAGCUGCAUUUUGA